AUGUGGUGUUUAAUAACUUUGUUCCUUUUAAAGUUUAAAAAUGCUGCUGGUGGUAGUAGUAGCAGACACCGGUCGCCCCGUUCACCAGCAGCACAUGCAUGCGCAGUGCGGGGCUGGCAAGCUUCAAGUUUCUGCCCGCCAGCAUGUUCUUGCAAUGAUUGGAUUGGUCCUCCUGACAGACAUUCAAAUCUCCGACCAAUAAUAUUUCAUAUUCCUAAAAAUGAAUCACCAUUAGAACGAAAACUUAGAGAAUUUAGACAGGAAACUCAAAUUUGGAAUCAACUGUUCUGGGCAAGUCAGAAUAUGUCAUUCAGAAAGGGAAAAGAAGAAUUCAUUUCCUCAAGACUGAAGGCUAAAGGUCUGGACAUGAUAGAUAGGACAGGUCAAAAGGUAACAUUGAAUGCAGAAGAAAUGGCAGAUUUUUACAAGGACUUUUUAAGUAAAAAUUUUAAAAAGCACAUGUGUUAUAACAGAGAGUGGUACAAACGUAACUUUAUUACUACGUUCCUCAUGGGACAAGUGGCCUUUAAGAGGGUUUGGAAGAAGCUUGGCUGGAAAAAGAUGAAAGUUGGAAAUUAAGGCGCAUCACAUUCUAUAGAAUAAAACUACACAAUACAGCCUAUUGGACUGAUACACUGUGGUCACAUUCAGACUCCGAAUUGCUGCCAUAGCAACUACUUUGAUCUGUUUACUUUGUAUAUCAAAAUAGCUGCUGAUUUUGACUGUGUUACAAUAACAUCAGAACAUCCGAAAAACUAGAUUGGCAAUUUACAACAGCAUGAGGGCUGCACAUAACUUACGUAAAAAGGAACGGAUUACAGCCACUGUCAUUUUUAAUGUUGAGGUACAACCCAUAGAAACUGAAUAUCAGAGUCCAACCCAUAAAGAUCAACAUACCAUGCUUCAUCUUGUUCCACGUUCUGUAGUCUCCGUGGGCCAUAUCAGUUUAUAAAAGAUAGAAGUGGCCAUUGUCUGCACUGGUUACAUGGGCUACAAUUUUUCUACCAUCAUGUAACCAUCAUAGAGGUAAGUGCAAUUUGAACGGGUUCAUUAAGUUUAACUUAGAUUUUUAAACCUUAUUUAGACUAGAAUCCCUUUGUGACACUGUAAAUAUGAUAGAUUCAUUUAUAAGGGUAAUGAAUCUUUCUAAUUAAUCUGUCCUUGUGAAAACAGAAACUUGUUUAAGUGAUUUGUCUCAGCUGUUGGAACUCAGAUGAAUAAAUUCAAGAUUUUUUUUAGUUUUAAAUAAAAUAAGCAUUGUCAGUCAUUUAGCAGCUCCGAUAGAAAAGGAGAUGGAUAGAGAGGGUGAUAAAUGCUUUGUAAAAGUCAAUGUUUGCCUUUCAAUUAUCUUGAAAACACUUGCUGCUCUCACCAGGUUCCUUGAGCACCCAAAAGUCUUCCUAGCAUCAGAGGGAAUUGCGUGUUUAAGGAAUGCUAUCUCCUUGAUCAUGUGUGCUGUUUAAAUUAAUGUUUAUAAUUUAAUUGUACCAUUUUAUGUAUUGUUUAAAAGAAAUGACCUUGCUCUGAGAGUGUUCCCUACUCAUUAAUGAAGUUGAAUGGAUGUGUUUGCUUUGGUACCUGAUAAAUGGAUUCUUCUGAAUGAAAUGUCCAUGGGCAAAUGUUUGAAUUCCAGAGGUAAUAUAUUUGUUGCAGUAAAGAGUAGUAGAACUGCUCAUAUUUGGUGAAAAAUAAUGUAUACUUCAUUCUUGGAUUUGAAAAAUCCACAGUAAAUACAUGACGUUCUCAGGGCUUGCCAAACCUUCUACUAUUCUCUCAUCCUGCCAAGUAGUCCCUAGUAGUUAGGCACCACAGUCUACCAGUUUGCAGCUCAGUUAUAUGGUUGCUGCAUGCUUGGCAUCAGCAGAGGUAGCAGUCCUCCUCAGAUGGCCCGUAUCUCUAUUAAAAUAAUCAGAAUACUAUAUUUUUACUGCAUAUACUUCCCCCAAAACUCUAGUUGGGAAUGGGCACCAACACAAUAUUUUCUUUGUAUAUGUACACUCCCUCCAGCCCUGCAAAAGUUACUGUGUGAGAUUGGCACGUUUGGAGUUCUACGGGUUUAGGGGAUGGAUCUGGGGAAGUGUGGAAGAUGGCUCAGGGACAUUUCUAUGGAACAUCAUCUAGCAAGUUUGUAUGAUGUCAUGCCUCCUUAAAGGAAGUGUAAAGGCCAAGCCCUAAUAUCUCAACCCUCUAGAGAUGUUUUGAGAUCCACAGAAUAGUCUUGCAGUAUUCAGGGCAUCCAUGAAUUUGCUCAUGCAAGUAAAUUAAAAAUGCAGCCUUUUUAUAACUGUCUGCUAAGUUUUUUUUACACAUUCCAUUUGUAGUUCUUGCAUUGACUCAUUAAUAAUGGCCUCAUAAUUUGGUCUAAUUAUGUCAGGGCACCCACAUAAAGGCUAAUGAAGUUAAUGGUUUGUUGGCUAAAUUAUCUGUUAAUUUCCACGUUGUGAAUCUGAGCCUUGGAGCAGCAUGUUUCAGUAAUACUUCAAUCUAACUUAAAUCCAUGAGAAAAUUUUGCAUGUAAAUAAAUACUCAGAUGAUC